CAUUCUCAUCCUUCCAAUCCAUCCAACUGUAUUACGCAAUUUCCUAGCUUUACAUUUAGCUCACAACAACAUACUUGGUGCUCUUUGGGAAUUUUUUUUUUUUUUUUUUCAAUCAAUUAAUUGGUUUUAAUAGCCAAUGGCAGACAAACAAGGCAAUUUGAACGGGGCCUUCUACGGCCCAUCAAUCCCACCACCUCAGCAAUCCAAGCCCAACUACCGCCAUAGUCGAAGCAGAAGUUGCGGCUGCUGUCUCUUCAGCGUGCUCUGGAAGAUCUUGCUCGUCCUCAUUGUUCUCUUAGUCAUCGCUGGCUUCAUCUUCUGGCUGGUAGUCCGACCAACAAAGAUUAAGCUUCAUGUCACCGAGGCCUCGCUGACUCAGUUCAACUUAACUUCUAACACCCUUCAUUACAACCUUGCUCUCAAUGCUACCAUGCGCAAUCCCAACAGGAAGCUCGGCGUCUACAACGACCGAAUCGAAGCCAAGGCUUUCUUCGAGGGUGCUAGGUUUGAUUCGAAGGUUUUUACAGACUUGGGCCUUCUGAAGAAAAAGAGCAGCAAGGAUCUUAGCGUUGCAUUUGAAGGGCAGCGUUUGCUGGCUCUCGAUGCCGAUGAGAUUAACGACUUUAACGAGCAGAAGACCGCUGGAGUUUUCGAUAUCGAUGUGAAAUUUUACCUUCGGAAUAGGUUGAGACUUGGUGAUUUCAUCGGUGGAAAAUUCAAGCCCAAGAUUAAAUGUGACCUCAAGGUUCCCCUUAUCACCAAUGGAGUGUCUUCCGGGACCUUCCAGAAGACUAAGUGUGAUGUUGAUUUCUUUUAGAUCAUUGAUGGCGCGAGCUACCUCCUUCCUAUUUGACUGAGUCUUCCAUGUAUUUUUAUUUUAUUUAUGAUUUUUGAUAUUGUUAUUCUUUUUUGUAAACAUUUAUUUAUUUGUUUUUUGACGUAUAGCUAGCCUUUUGAUAUCAUUCUUCUAUAUAUAUAUAAAUAAUACCAUUGUGUUUUUUUAGUGAAAAAUAA